CAUUGCCGGGGUCCUUGGGCGCCCAGUUGCCGCCUCUCUUUGUGGAUGCAGAAACAAGAUGGCGCCCGUAAUAACGAAGAAACCGCUCUGCACGUCUGGGGCUACAGAUACGAAAGAAAAUAACGAAGACGAGGAAGGGCAGAACCUAUGGCACUCCAUUCUCAGCGACGUUUCUACCCGCUCCAGCUCGAAAUUACCGUCUGGGAAAAAUAUUUUAGUUUUCGGAGAAGAUGGUUCCGGAAAGACGACCCUUAUGGCAAAGCUCCAGGGUGCUGAGCACAAUAAAAAAGGAAGAGGGCUUGAGUACUUGUACCUGAAUGUCCACGAUGAAGAUAGAGAUGAUCUGACACGUUGUAAUGUGUGGAUCUUGGAUGGUGACCUCUAUCACAAAGGUCUGUUGAAAUUUGCUGCGUCAGGGGAGUCCUUGAGGGACACUCUGGCCAUGUUUGUGGUGGAUAUGUCACGCCCAUGGAACAUCAUGGAGUCCCUUCAGAAGUGGGCCAGUGUCCUCCGUGACCAGGUGGACAAGCUCAGGAUCCCACCAGAGGAACUAAAGGAGCUGGAACUGAAGUUGGUGAAAGACUUUCAGGAGUACACAGGACCUGAGGAGGCCCCCCUAGGCUCACCACAGAGACGGAUCCCUUCCAGCGGCACAGACGAGACGGUGGUGUUGCCACUAGGGGAGAAUGUAUUAACGCACAAUCUGGGUGUUCCUGUGUUAGUAGUUUGCACAAAGUGUGACACAGUGAGUGUUUUGGAGAAGGAGCAUGACUACAGAGAGGAGCACUUUGACUUCAUUCAAUCCCACAUUCGACAUUUCUGCCUUCGAUAUGGAGCUGCCUUGAUUUAUACUUCUGUCAAAGAAGAGAAGAACCUAGACCUUCUCUAUAAAUAUAUUGUCCAUAGACUGUAUGGUUUCCAGUUCUCCACACCUGCUUUGGUGGUGGAGAAGGACGCUGUCUUCAUUCCAACUGGUUGGGAUAAUGAGAAGAAAAUCGGUAUUUUGCAUGAAAACUUCAACAUGGUUAAAGUGGAUGAUCCCUUUGAAGAUUUUAUUGUGAAACCUCCAGUGAGAAAGUUGGUUCAUGAUAAAGAGGUGAAUGCAGAAGAUGACCAGGUAUUCCUCAUGAAGCAGCAGUCGCUGUUGGCGAAACAGCCGGCCACACUAACAAGAGGAACGGAAUCGCCCUCUCGACCUGUGUCAACGUCACCCCGGCCCGCCGGUUGGGUAGGACCUGCCAACGUUGCCAGUGUUUCGCCCAUGACGACCGUCAAAAAACCCGACCCAAAUAUGAAAGGUGCUGCUGCAAAUGAGGGUGUCCUGGCCAACUUCUUCAAUAGCCUGCUGAGUAAAAAGACUGGGUCCCCUGGAAGCCCUGGUGCUGGUGGGGGAGCCGUCCAGAGCUCAGUCAAGAAAACCGGGCAGAAGCCAGUUUUGACUGAUGUUCAGGCAGAGUUGGACAGAAUGACUCGCAAACCGGACUCCAUGGUAACGGCUAACACGACAGCGGAGAAUGAGGCAUGAUCUCACCCACAGGGUCACCCAUUGAAAAUGCUACAAUACACGCUGAAACAAAAAAAUGCAAAUGACCAAAUUCCCAAUGCGUAUCAAUGAACAGUAGAUGAUGAUGGUCUAAUGAUGAGAUGCCACGGUCAGGUCUGAUUUUGUUGAGAGAGGAAGGUGAAAGUGGAAGAUGUGGAGUAUAAAGGUAGGACUACGGAUGUACAAGGCUCGUUUCAAAAUGUGCCUCGGCCCGAGGAGAUGGCUGAACUUCAGUGUUUGAGCGCAUACCAACAGACCCGAAAUGUACUCUCUAAUUGGGAAUGAAGAGCUUUCAUUUGUAAUUUGACAGUUUCAUUCGAUGCAUACAGAAAUCGUAUUAAAAAUAAAUCCUGUUGACAGCACCAAAUGUUUUAAGGAGAAACCUUGGGGCUAUUCGAGACGUUAAACUAGCCUGACAUCAUAACACUAAUGUGAUGAACAUAUUGGCUGGUAUGAUUUUGAGGGUUAUGCUGUUUAAAUCAAGACAACUGCUAGACAGUGAUGGCACCAUUUUUGUUUUGAAUUCUGUAAAUAUAAGCAAUUUAUUACAUCAGUCACUGUAUAAAAUGUGGUUACUUAUAAUUAUGGAUACAAAUUUCAGAUAUUUAAAAAAAUCUGUCAGGUUUGGUAAGUCAGGUUGUAUUUAAAGAGGAUCUUUUGGCUACAGAGUUGGGUGGGUAGGGGCCCUUACUUGCUAUAACUCCAAGUGCCUGAUUUAUUGAACAUUUUUCAUUGUAGAGGUGCUUGCCUAAUGAGAACAUUUAUUACAGUACACUUUUUUGCCAGUUUUCCAAAUUUAUAUUUAUGGUUUUGUACUACAGACUUUUAGCCUUUUGAUUAUUGUUUAUAAUGAAUUUCUCAUUACCAGUGCCUGGAUGAAAAGGUCUGAAUAUCUGAGCAAUAGGCAGAAUGCCCUUUUUUAAAAAAAAAAUUAAAAAAGAAUGAAUUUAAAUGAAGUGACUGUUUCUACAGGCUUCCAGAAUGAUAGCAGUACGUUCCUCGGUGAGAACAGCCCUCCCUCGCAUCAGUGAACACUGUGGCCAAAUUGAUCAGUCUGUGGCAUAAUUGUAGUCAAUCACGUGAUAGCUUUUUGUCAUUGUUAGAUGCUAAAACAUUCCCUUAGCCUACACAAAGCACUUCAUGGGGAUUUUCUUAAGUUUGACCUCUUUGCAAUGGUUGAUGGUGAGUUGGUAUAGCAGUUAGAAAUUUCUGAUGUAUAAUUUUGAUGGUGAUGUCUGCAGUAGGUGAGCUCUGGGCUGGGAACCACCUUCUCAUAACUGCCUUGGUAUGAAUAUUUAAGAUAUCAGCUUUACAGGAAAUCUGAGGUAUAUUGACUUUUUUUUUUUUGCUUUUCAACUAUUAACAUUACAUCAGUUUCACCACUGUAAUGAACCAACAUGCAAGACUUAUAAGCCUGAAUACAAGACAUGAAAUGCACUGGUGCUUUUAAAGAAAAGAAUUGGAUCAUGGAACCAAAGAUUACUUUUUUCAGUAUUUGGUAAUUUCCCAUCUGUUUAGCUAGUAAAGGUAAAAUAAGUAUGCGAGUACCUAGUAUUGGUGGUUAAUGAAUAGCAGUGAAUAAUUUUUACUUCAAGGUUAAAAAAAAAAAAAAAACCCACACGCCACAGCUUUGAUCAUCUGAGGUAGACACAUCAGCCUUAAGACACUGGCCAUUUUUGCUGAGUUAGUGGGCUUUACUUGCUGUAAACAGCACAGUAAACUUAUGUUUGACCUAAAGUUGUAUUCAUAACGAUUAAACACAGCCUUUGUAUUAAAAACAAAUUUUAGAAAACUGGGUUUUGUAAAAUAUUACUGUUUCAACCUUUGAAUUCCUAGGGUAAUGGGUUUUGGUAAAGAAUUUUUGUAAAAUGUCUGCCAUCCCUUCAUUGUCAUUGUCUUAUUUCAUUGACUGUUCACAUAGGCUUUCCACUUCUCCGUAUGUCGUCUUGCAAUAAUGUUGUCUGAACCACUGUGUAGUAAAGAGUCUGUCUGCAGGAAUUAGGCAGCAGUCUUGUGCUCGGACUCAAACCCUGCUUCCCUAUAUUUCUAAGAGGCUAUAGCUGGUGCUUCCCCCACCAAAAAUUUUCAUAUUGAAUGUUAAAUUGCAUUUAAUUUCCAGUGAAAGUUUAAUAUUACUUGGAAAGAAGUCUGCUUGCCAUAAAUAUGUAUGUUUGGCUCCAAUAAACUAAAUCUUACAUCCUG